UUCACCCCCUGCUCAUUCAAUGUCUCGCAGACCAGCGCCGGACGGUGAAGACAACCACUCGUCCAAGCGCCACCAGGCGAGCCGCGACGACAGCGACGGCGAGAACGACGAGUCCAAUGCCAUGGCACACAAGCGCAAUGCUGCCGCACAGAGCGUCCUGAAGCAGCAGCUGAAGCGACAAAGCGAGGACGUCUACAUGACGGGAUCGAUUGUGCGCGUCAACAUGAUUGACUUUGUCACGUACUCGAGGUGCGAGGUCUUCCCGGGUCCCCACCUGAACGUUGUCAUUGGGCCCAACGGAACGGGCAAGUCGACCAUCAUCUGCGCCAUUGCCAUUGGGCUGGGUGCGGACGUCAAGCUGCUGGGCCGACAGGAAUCCGUCAGGCAGUACAUUCGGCGCCACGACGGGGUCAAGUCGGCCACGCUUGAAGUCGAGCUGUUCAACCCAGACGGCAACAACUGGAUCAUCCGUCGGAUUAUCGCGCUCAGCCCCAGCCCCGAGAGCCAAUUCUUCCUCAACAACAAGAGCGUUACGCACAAGGAAAUUCGCGAGCUGGUUGGCAAGCUCAACAUUGACUUUAACAACCGCACGCAGUUCUUGCCGCAGGAUCGCGUCGUCGAGUUUGCCAAGCUGUCGCCGGAGGAGCUGUUGCUGACCACCGAGCGUGACGUGAGCGACAAUGAGACGCUGUACAACCAGCACAUGGAGCUGUGCAAGCUGUUCAAGGACCGUCAAGACAUUGAGAAGCGCCUGGAGGAGAACUCCAAGGAGCACCUGCUGCUGCAGAGGAAGAAUGCAGAGCUUGAACAGCAAGUUCGGCAGUACGAGGACCGAGAGCAGUACCGCACCCAGAUUGAGCUCAUCCAAAAGAAGCGCCCAUGGGUCGAGUACGAAGCUGCCCGCUCAGUCUUUAUUCAGAACAAGGAGCAGCUGACUGCUGCCAAAGAAGAGCUGCGCAAGCUCGACACCGCCCUCAAUCCCGUUCGUGCCAAAAUCACAGCCCUCAAGGGAGAGCUCGCCUCGCACGACAGCGCCCGACGCGCGCUCACACUGGAGUCGACUGAGCUCGAAAAGAAGAUCCGCGCCAAAGGCGAAACCAUGGACACUGAGUUUGACAAAUUGGAUGCUGCUGCCAGCCGAUUCAAGUCGCAGCGUUCUUCGCAGGAGCAGCACCAACAGGUGGCGGUUGUUCUCCAACGAGAAAUUGCUGGCUUGGAGCAGCAACUCGCCGACAUCCGCGAUGAUGUGGAUGUGACGCCAAAGCUUGAAAAACUCAGCAUCAAGUUUGCAGACAUUCGUGAAAAGUUGGCGGGACUCAAGUCGCAGCGUGCUGGUACGCAGCAGGAAAGCUACGAGCUGGAGCGGCAAAUCAAGACGCUUCAAGGUCGCCUCCAGACCAUGAACAGCGUGCGCGCGCGUCGUCUUGAAAAGCUUCGCCAGCUGGAACCUGAAACCUGCCGAGCGCUGGAAUGGCUCGACAAGAACCGCGCCAAGUUUUCAGGCGAAGUCGCGGAACCCAUGAUGCUCUCUCUGACGGUUCGCAACCCCGAGCAUGUUGAUAUGCUGGAGAGCUGCAUCCGCAAGUCCGACCUGACCUCGUUCGUGUUUGAGCGACGAGAUGACAUGAAUCUCUUUCUGCAAGAAAUGCGGGGCCAGCGUCUUCUCGUCAACGCCUGCUCGCCGGAUCCCAAGCCCCUGACAGCGUAUCGAGCCAACAUGAAUGACGAGAACUCAAAGCCGCUCAAGGCCUUUGGCUUUGUCGAUUUCCUCCUCAACUUGUUCGACGCUCCCGACCUGAUCAAGAAGCGCUUGUGCGACACGAGCAAUUUCCAUGAUAUUCCGUUCGGUGACAACCGCGUUGAGCAGCAUCGCCAGCUGGUGGUCGAGAAGGCCGGCUUGCGGAAUUUUGUCACGGCGCAGCGCAAGUACCAAAUUCACACGUCAAAGUAUGGCGAUCAAUCCACCACCACCAAGAUCACCAACCAUCCGCCCGCCCGGUAUCUGAGCAACCAGGCGAGUUCGGGCGAGCAAGAUCGUCUCGCGAGCGAACUUGCCGAGGCGACCGCGAGUCACGCCUCGCUGGACAAGGAGCUCAGGGGAUUGGUCGAGAAGGAACGCGCGAUGGCCGAGGAAGAGUCGAGUUGCAUCGCCGAGCGUGCCAAGCUCCAGCAGCAACGCAACGCUCGAAAGACGCUUCAAAACACCAUUGACACGCGCAAGGCCCGCCUUGCCGCUGCUCGCAGAUCAGCCCAGGAAGCGGAACGCGAAGCCAACGAGGCGCACGCUGCCGUUCAACGUCACAACUCGCGCCGUGCAGCUGCAGCGAUCGGGCUGCAGCGUGAGAGCGAAACCAUUAUGGAUAAUGUCAUGCGUCGUGCCAUGGCCUCUCUGCGGACUGCCCAGAUUCAAGCCGACUUGGAGGUUCACGAAGGCAUGGAGCGGCAGCAGAGCGAAACGCUGACUGCGGCCCGCAACGAAGUCGAGGCCCUUCAACGUGCGGUGAACGAGGCCAAGACCCGCGCUUCCGCUUUGCUCGACCUCGCCAAGGUCAAUCCCAUCACUGAGGAGCUGCAGCAAAAGUUUCCCCUCUUCCCUGCCACGCUGGAGGAGCUGGAUGCGCUGCUGCACCAUUACCAGGCGCUUGUCGAUUCCAAUCUGAGUAACGAUCCGGGUGUUGUGGAGCAGUACAAGCAGCGCUCUGAUCGUAUUCUCGAUUUGCAGCAAAAGGUUGACAAGCUGCGCGCGGAUGUCCAGGACUUUGAGAAGAACGAGAACAAGCUCAAGGAUGACUGGCUCACGCCGCUGCAAGAGAAGGUGCAAAAGAUCAACGUUGCGUUUGGCAACGGCUUCCAGCUGCUCGGCUACUCUGGUGAAGUUACGUUGCGCACGGACGCGGAUUACAGCAAGUAUGCGAUCGAGAUUAGCGUCAAGUUCCGACAGAGCGAGAGUUUGAUGCGCCUGACGGCCAACCAUCAGAGCGGUGGUGAACGCACCGUGUCCACGAUGAUUUACCUCCUGUCGCUGCAACAGCUGACCAAGUGUCCCUUCCGCAUUGUCGACGAGAUCAACCAGGGCAUGGACCCGACAAACGAGCGUCGCAUCUUCCGCCAGGUCGUGCAUGGGGCCUCCGCGCCAAACACGGCGCAGUGCUUCUACGUGACGCCCAAGCUCCUUCCCAACCUCGACUACAACGAGAAGGUCCAAGUUCUCUGUGUUUACAACGGCCCGCUCAGCGUGCCGUGCGAGCAGUGGGAUGUUGCGCGGUUCAUCCAAGCCGCCCGUCAGCAGAAGCAAGUGUCUGCCCGGUGAUGAUGGACCGGUGAUGGGAUGUGAUUUUGUUGUUGGUUUGGUUGUGUUUUUGGUUGUUUAUGUGCGUGUUUUUGUGUGUGUGUGUGUUUUUUUUGGUGACGGAUUGAUUAAAGUCUUGUUUUUGCGAA